GCCGUCGCGGCAGUGACGCCGGCCUCCCGGCCUGGAUAGGGGACAGCGGCGGCGGCGGUGGCGGUGGCGGUAGCGGCGGCGGCCUGGCCGGGGGAUGGCGAUGUUCCGCAGCCUGGUGGCCUCAGCACAGCAGCGGCAGCCGCCAGCUGGGCCCGCGAGCGGCGACAGCGGCCUGGAGGCUCAGUUUAGCUGUCCCAUCUGCCUGGAGGUGUACUAUCGGCCGGUGGCCAUCGGCAGCUGCGGCCACACGUUCUGCGGGGAGUGCCUCCAGCCAUGUCUGCAGGUGCCAUCCCCUCUGUGCCCGCUCUGCCGUCUGCCCUUCGACCCCAAGAAAGUGGACAAGGCCUCUCAUGUAGAGAAGCAGCUCUCAUCUUACAAGGCACCCUGCCGGGGUUGCAACAAGAAGGUGACUCUGGCAAAGAUGAGAGCGCACAUUUCCUCCUGCCUGAAGGUCCAGGAGCAGAUGGCCAACUGCCCCAAGUUCGUCCCUGUGUUGCCCACAUCCCAGCCCAUCCCCAGCAAUAUCCCCAACCGGUCUACCUUUGCUUGUCCCUACUGUGGAGCCCGCAACCUGGAUCAGCAGGAGCUGGUGAAGCACUGUGUGGAGAGCCAUCGCAGUGACCCCAACCGUGUGGUAUGCCCCAUCUGCUCGGCAAUGCCCUGGGGGGACCCCAGCUACAAAAGCGCCAACUUCCUGCAGCACUUGCUGCACAGGCACAAGUUCUCCUAUGACACCUUUGUGGACUACAGCAUUGACGAAGAAGCCGCCUUCCAGGCUGCCCUGGCUCUGUCCCUCUCUGAGAAUUGAGGCACACACAGCCUGGCCACCUGCCUCAAGUCAGGGGCCGAAGACAUAAUCCCGCAUCAAGGGAUAGGGCGGUUGCCCUCCUGCCCUGGCACCUGCACAGGAGUGCGCCACUGGGCUAAGUGGAAUUUCACACAAGGAGAGCUGGUCUCAGAGCCCCCAGGGCCGGGGUGCUGGCUAGCUGGCCCCUUGCCAUCAAGCAGGGCCACUGGGUCCCGGCCAGCAGCACUGGGUCAUCGGUGCUUCAAGAGGCAGGUGCUGGCCAUUGGGUUAGAGCAGUUGGCUGCCUUUCCCAGCCAUGAUAUCCUCGUGUGGAGAAGGAUGAGGUGCCCUAAGCUGUGCCCCAGCAGGACCAGGGGAGGAGGCGCCUAGCCAGGCUGCCAGCCCACCCGGUCCCCAGCUUCGCUUCCACCGUAAGCAUUUGGUACUGGCUUUUGUGAUAUUUAGGAACCCUGCGUUUUUCUAUCUUAUCCUGUGUGAUAAUCUUUUCACGUUUUAUAGAGCAAAGACAAAGCAGUUCCUCUUCAUACCGCAAUACCUGUGUUUGACUAGGAAGAACAGUAUUUUUAUGGAGCAUUUACAAAGCUAUAUUUUUUAAAAAAAAUAGUCAAAAAUAAACACUUGUGUGGGAUCAGUGCAAAGUGGGAAGAAGAGUGGGCAUAGCCAGGGCUUCAUCUGUGUGUGAGACAGAGAUGGUGUCCCCAAGCCACUUGCUCUUUGAGGAAGAGGCUCUUAUUUGCGGGUUUUCUUUAUGAUAAUGACACAGACGAAAUCCUAGCACCCCUGGCCACUUGCUGUGGCUGCUCCAGCAGUUGUAGGACAGUCGAGGCAGAAGGGGGUCCUUCUCCUGCCCCAUAAAUUGUCCAUGGCUCCUUGUCACCUUCCAGAGCCAACCACAUCCCUCCUCAGGCAGGGACUGCCCUUAGCAGUGGUAGGGCCCUCAGAAGCCAGAGGGGCCUGCUUGAUUGCAGGUCAGGGUCAAGCCCUCAGAGGCCGGAGAGGCCUGCUCGGUGGCAGGUCAGGCCUGGAACCCUUUGUCAGCAUCUUGUUCUGUUCAUGGCAUACAUCUGCCUUUUCAGAGAAGUUUAAAUAAAAUGUUUGCAAGCA